GCAGUGAUUGAGGCGGCCGGCCCGGCGCGGCUCGGCGCGACCCGGCAGCAUGUCGGGACCGAGCGCCGUGUCGGACCCCCAGCACCCGGCGCGGCUGCUGCGGGCGCUCAGCUCCUUCCGCGAGGAGAGCCGCUUCUGCGACGCGCACCUGGUGCUGGAGGGGGAGGAGAUCCCGGUGCAGAAGAACAUCCUGGCGGCCGCUAGCCCCUACAUCAGAACAAAACUGAAUUAUAAUCCUCCAAAGGAUGAUGGCUCAACAUACAAGAUUGAACUUGAAGGGAUAUCUGUCGAUAUCAUGAAAGAGAUCCUAGAUUACAUCUUCAGUGGGCAGAUCAGGCUAAAUGAAGAAACUAUCCAAGAUGUGGUACAGGCAGCUGAUCUCCUGCUGCUAACAGACUUAAAAACUCUCUGCUGUGAGUUUUUAGAAGGUUGCAUAGCUGCUGAGAACUGUAUUGGUAUUCGGGACUUUGCACUGCACUAUUGUUUGCAUCAUGUUCACUACCUUGCCUCAGAGUAUCUGGAAACUCACUUUCGAGAUGUCAGCAGCACAGAGGAAUUCUUGGAACUGACUCCUCAAAAACUGAAAGAAGUGCUGUCGAUGGAAAAGCUCAAUGUGGGAAACGAAAGAUACGUCUUUGAAGCGGUGAUUAGGUGGAUUUCUCAUGAUCCGGAAUCGAGAAAGGUUCACAUGAAGGAUGUCAUGUCGGCAGUGUGGGUGUCAGGCUUAGACGCCGGGUAUUUACGUGAGCAGAUGAUGAGCGAACCGCUGGUACGGGAGAUUGUCAAGGAAUGCAACAAUAUUCCCCUGACACCACCCCAGCAGGGAGAGGCAAUGCUGGCCUCCUUCAAGCCCCGGGGCUACUCCGAGUGUAUAGUGACUGUUGGUGGAGAAGAACGAGUAUCACGGAAACCAACCUCAGUGAUGCGGUGUAUGUGUCCUCUUUAUGAUCCCAAUAGACAGCUCUGGAUUGAACUUGCUCCUAUGAGUAUUCCAAGGAUCAAUCAUGGAGUAUUGUCAGCAGAAGGAUUUUUAUUUGUGCUUGGUGGUCAAGAUGAAAACAAGGGAACACUAAACUCUGGAGAGAAAUAUGAUCCAGAUACCAAUUCAUGGAGUUCCUUACCACCAAUGAAUGAGGCACGACACAACUUUGGUGUGGUAGAGAUUGAUGGAAUUCUGUACAUUCUGGGAGGUGAGGAUGGUGAAAGGGAGCUCAUCUCUAUGGAGAGCUAUGAUAUUUAUAGCCGGACCUGGACCAAGCAGCCAGACUUGACCAUGGUUAGAAAGAUUGGCUGCUAUGCAGCUAUGAAGAAGAAAAUCUAUGCAAUGGGAGGAGGCUCCUAUGGAAAACUUUUUGAGUCUGUUGAGUGUUAUGACCCAAGGACUCAGCAGUGGACAGCAAUCUGUCCUCUGAAAGAGAGAAGAUUUGGGGCAGUGGCCUGUGGAGUUGCCUCUGAGCUUUAUGUAUUUGGUGGGGUGAGGAGUCGGGAUGACAGUCAAGCCAGCGAGAUGGUGACGUGCAAAUCUGAAUUUUAUCAUGAUGAGUUUAAAAGGUGGAUUUAUCUCAAUGACCAGAACCUAUGUAUCCCAACUAGUUCUUCCUUUGUGUAUGGAGCUGUACCCAUUGGAGCCAGUAUUUAUGUGAUUGGAGAUCUUGAUACAGGCACAAAUUAUGACUAUGUUAGAGAAUUUAAGAGAAGCACGGGGACCUGGCAGCGCACUAAGCCUCUCUUCCCCUCGGACCUGCGCCGUACCGGCUGCGCAGCUUUGCGGAUCGCAAACUGCAAACUCUUCCGACUGCAGCUUCAGCAAGGACUGUUCCGCAUCCGCGUCCCUUCUCCGUGACCCUGUGCCGGCAGUGGAGGAGACUGGAAGAGUUCUGCUCAGUCCACCUUAAUAUAGCUCUAUAUAAAGGAAAAGCUGAGAAAUUACAGCUGAAACUUACACUGUAUGCUGUGCUUUGGUAUGGUAACUGUUUUUGUUUUAAAUGCUUAAAAAGCUUGAGUCUAAGUUCUUGUUUCGGGAACAAAUAGCUUAAGUAUACAUAAAAAAGAAAGGGGGUAAAAUAAAAGGGGGGGAUUGAGGAAACACCUUCAGUCGUAACCAUUGGAGUUUAAACCGUGUUGUUGGAGGAG